AUGGACAUCGAGACAGCCGAGAGCAUCAUAAAGAACGACGAAGUUCCUAUAGCUAGGAGAAUGAGAUCCCUGUUCUAUCUACGUAACAUACUGCUUCCCAAAUCUGUGAACGCCAUUGCAGGAGCAUUUGCAUCCAAGUCUAUUCUUCUGAAGCACGAGGCUGCAUAUGUUCUUGGGCAAAUGUGCAUGGAGGAGUCGGUCCCUGUGCUUCUGAAUAUUUUAUCUGACGAGAAUGAAAACGAGAUUGUCAGGCAUGAGGCUGGAGAAGCCCUAGGAAACUUCAAGCCCACCAAAGAAAUAGUUGAGGGAUUGGAGAAGUAUGUCAACCAUCCUCUGAAGCCCAUUUCUGAAACCUGUUAUUUGGCGUUGAUGAAGCUGAAAAACGGAGUAAAUAUGGUAUCCAAGUUUGGAUCCAGAGACCCAGCAUCUCCAAUGGAGGGAAGCUUUGAAGAGGCAAGAGAAAUUUUAUUGAAUAAGAAUGAGUGUCUAUAUAGAAGGUACCAGGCAAUGUUUUAUCUGAGGGACCUUGGAACGUCUGAAGCGAUACAUGCCCUUGGAAAAGCCAUGGAAGACGAAUCAUCACUGUUCAAGCAUGAGAUCUCAUUUGUGUUUGGGCAAAUGAGAUCCACAGAAUCUAUUCCAUAUCUUAUUAAGGGAAUGGAGGAUGUAAGAGAACAUGGAAUGGUCAGGCAUGAGUGUGCAGAGGCACUGGGCGCAAUUGGCAACGACAAGUCUCUUGAGGCGUUAGUUAAAUAUCUUUAUGAUCCUUGUGAUAUUCUAAGGGAGAGUGUAGAAGUAGCUGUGGAUAUUCACAACUAUAUGAAUAGCUGCGAAAUAGAGUACUGCACAGUGCAAUGA